AUGCCGCAUAAUGAUCCACUCCUCAUUAAUAUUGGGAUUGGCGAAUGCCAGGUGACGAAGCUUCUCAUCGACACUGGCAGCUCAGUCGACCUUAUCUUUAGGGAUACGCUCGACACGAUGGGAAACGACUUACGCGACAUGAAGCCCUCUUCACGCACCCUCACUGGGUUCAACGGUUCCUCGGAACAGAUGAUUGGGACAAUACGUCUCCCAGUUUACGCAGGGGAUGUAACCCGAACCGUUAAGUUCUCUAUCAUUCGGGCAAAAGCGCCUUACAAUGCUAUCCUCGGCACCCCUUCGUUGCACUCCAUGAAAGCCAUUCCCUCGACUUAUCACCAGUGUAUUAAAUUCCCUGGAAAGGACGGCACAACACAUACGAUCCGUGGAGACCAACGCGCCGCGAGAGAGCUGCUUAUCGCCGCAGUCAAGCUACAACCGUCAAUUUCUCUCGUCAACUCAGUUUCCAAACCAAUCCAUAAGAUCUAUCCUCAAAAGGAGGAAAUCCGUGAAGUCCCCAUUGAUGAAGCCGACCCGUCAAAGGUCUUGCGCGUCGGAUCUUUUCUCUCCGACGAGAUGCAAUCACAUAUCAUCUCCUUUCUCAAAGUGAACGCUUCGACUUUCACAUGGACAACUUCUGAUAUGAAGGGAAUAGACCCCGCAGUAACUUCUCACGAGCUGAACGUUGAUUCGACAUUCAAGCCUAUCCGACAAAAAAGACGGAAGCUCGGACCCGAACGGUCUAAAGCUGUGAAUGAGGAUGUCGACAGGCUGCUCGACGCAGGUUUCAUCGCUGAGGUAUGGUACCCUGAGUGGCUUGCCAAUCCUGUGGUAGUGAAGAAAAAGAACGGAAAGUGGCGCAUCUGUGUCGACUUCACCGAUAUAAACAAAGCAUGUCCAAAAGACAGCUACCCUCUCCCUCACAUCAAUCGCUUGGUAGAGUCGACAGCCGGUAAUGAACUCUUAACCUUCAUGGACGCCUUCUCGGGGUACAAUCAAAUUCUGAUGCACACGGAAAAUCACGAGAAGACGGCCUUCAUAACGGAUAUGGGGACAUAUUGCUACAAAGUCAUGCCUUUCGGCCUGAAAAACGCAGGAGCGACCUACCAGCGUCUGGUCAAUCGAAUGUUCACUUAUAAACUUAGCGACACCAUGGAAGUUUACAUCGACGACAUGCUGGUCAAGUCACUUCAUGCCGAAGACCACCUCCACCACUUGCGAGACUGCUUCAAGAUGCUGAACGAGUACGGAAUGAAGCUCAACCCGGCGAAAUGCACCUUCGGCGUCACCUCAAGAGAAUUCUUGGGUUACAUCGUCACCCAGCGAAGCAUCGAAGCAAACCCCAAGUAA